AUGGUGACUGGUUUGAAAUGUAGUGGUGAAGCAAGAGAACCACGAGAGGAAACCGAGAAAUUUAAGUGGGACUUCCUAAAAGGGCGUACUCAUACAGUAAAGGACGUGGAGAAGCAGCUCAGAAACACAAGAGAAGAUGCUUCUGAUGAGAGAUUCUGCCUUGCAAUGCUCCUCCUGAUUGAGAGCAUACUACUACAGAAGAGCCUUCUCGACGGUGGCACAACUUUUACUUUGGAUUAUGUGAAAAUAGCGCAGGAUAUGGAUGUCUUGAUGACAUACCCAUGGGGGAGAACAGCUUAUAAUUUGCUGUUAAAAUCACUUCAGAGAGCUGUCGACAAAAGCCUCGACAAAAACAAUUAUGAUUUGCAAGGAUUCCCUAUGGCAUUUCUUAUAUGGAUACUUGAGUCAGUACCUUUGCUACAGUAUGCAUUCAGUCAAGUUGUUCCUAUUCUGAGCGUUCAACCGUCUACCCCAAUAUUUUUGUGUGAGAAGUACCUUCAAAUAGCUUCUCCACAGCUGAUAGAUGUUCUCCUAAUUGAAAUCAAAGAUCAUCUUAAGGUCACAUGCAUCCUACCUCCUAUUUCUAAUGAUCCAGAAGCUGAUGUUUGCAUGGAAGACGAAGCUAAUAAAGAUCUGGAUGACAUGGCCGAUUUAUCCAAGAGAGGUUAUAAGUUUAAAAUUAGAGAUUGGCGAAACAUGUCAGUAGACCUAUACGGUGCUAAUGAACAAAUAAGAAGAGCAUCUUUACUGUUUGGGAAUGGAGGGAUGAGUCAAGCUUCUUCUUCGUAUCAGGAGGAGUCUUUGGAAUCAAAGAUCAACAGAAUCAGCGAGAUGGUGGGAGAUAAUUUAAGGAUCAUGAACGAUCGUUUGUGUUUGAUUGAAAAAGACAGGAAACAGAUUAAAGAACGUGUGACAAAACUAGAGAAACUACAAAGAGUUACUUCAUAUGAAACUCCAAACAAUGAGACUGACACAACUCCAUUUCAUGAGACGGCUUCCAGACAAGGUGAAGCCAAUGCAGAUCAAGCAGAUGAACAACUUAACAAUGAGGAUACACGAGAGCCUAUGAAUGAGAUCACGAAAGAGACACCUGGUUCUCCAAUAGCUCAACAGAAUAUUGAGACUCCAGUCCUUACUCCAAUUCAGACGCAGCAGGAGACUCACGAGCUUAUGAAUGAGAUCAUUUCACCAAACAUUUCCGACACACAGCCAAAUACCCGAGCUCGCAGAAAUCUUUUAACAGAGCAAAAUAAGGAUGUAGAAAGCAGAGUUCAAAAUCCCUUUGAGAUCGGAGCAAAUGUGGAGAUUUCAUCACAAGAUGACAAUACUUGUCAUAAAUGGUAUCCAGGAAAUGUGUUGGCAACAUAUUUGGUUGAUGGGGUUGAGAUGGUGAAAGUUGAGUACUCCGUCCCGUCUCUGGACGAAAAGAAGAGGAAAAGGAGUGUUGAGACACGUGUAUCAAUUGACAGAAUACGUCCUCAACCACCACCUGAGAGAUCUGGAGCGAAGAAAAGUUAUGAGCUAAUGCAGGACGUGGAGGCGUUCGACAAUGGUGCCUGGUGCGCUGGAAAAGUUAAAGUCAUUUUGUUUGAUGGCUCGUGUUUUGUCUCUUUGAACAAUUCUAAAGAACAAAUUUACUUCCACCAUUCUGAGAUGCGAAAACCAAGAAAAUGGGUAGAUGGUGUUUGGGAGAUGACAAAAAAGAUGGAAGAAGAGCAGACGCAGAGUGUGAAUCCAAGUGAAGGAGAUGGUGAUAAAAAGGGGAAGGCGAAGGCUGUCGCUUGUAAGAAAAAUGAAGCAGCUGGUCCAUCAGAAGAUGGUGUUGGGAAAAUGGCAAAAGAGAUGGAAGUAAAGCAGGGUAAGAGUGUGAAACCAAGUCAAGACGAUCAUGCAAAAAAGGGGAAGCCUGAUGUUGGUAAGAAGAAGAAAGCAAAUGCUCAGCCAGUAGAUUUGCUUCCUUUUCUACAGCGAGAAGAGAAGAGGCCAAUACGACCUAGAAACCCUCCUAUACCUGUAACACCUGAGGUAAUCCUUCCAAUUGAUCCAUUUGUGACACCUGAAUUUCCUCGGUUUUCAAGGCUUGCACACUGGAUGGAUCUACGGGGCAUAUAUCGUGUACCGUUUUAUAUCAAUGGAAAAGAAAUUGAAAAAGAGUUCUUUCAAAAAAUGGACGAUGCAGAAAACAAUCUCAACAAAGAGCACAUAAAUGUUGCAUUUGAAAUGCUAAAUUGUAAGAGGGUUGAGCAAGGUGCUUGGUUCCGCAACAACAAUCUUCCAGCAGCAUGCUUUGUACCAGUCAAAUUCUUAGAAGUGGUUGGGUACGCUUAUGAAUCUGUCAGGAAGCCACAUAAGAAAAAACAAACGUUAUUGGAGGGCUGUGUAGGCGAACUUGUGAAAGGUUUAAUACAUCCAAAGAAGGUAUGGCUGGAAGAUGUUGAUGUUAUAUAUGGUGUCAUUGAAGAUAAGUUGAGCUAUCACUAUAUUGGGGUGGAGAUACAAUUGAUGGACAACACAAUCACACUCUUCCAUUGUGGUCUUCCAAAAGCAAAUAUCAAACGUGCUCUUAAUCAAAUCCAAGAACUGGCAGUGUUGAUUAGUGCCAUAAAGAUGGAACUUCUUGGUGAAGAGGUUAAUUUCGAAGAUAUCAGUCCAUUUGAAGUUAAGUUUGCAGAAGGGCUUCCAAAGACAAAAUUUCCAUACAACUGUGGUAUUUUUGUUGUGAAGAUGCUGGAAUGCAGGUCACUGGGAUUGAAGAGCAUGGCUAAUAUAAAUGAUGAAACUGCGAUGGACUUACGAAGCAAGCUAUGUUGUGAGAUCUUCGACCAGUUUAUGGAUAAAGAUUUCCAGGAAGGUCAAAGGAAGUGAAAAUGUCAUAUUUGUUCUACUCUGUUUUCUACUCUGUUUUUCUACUUUGAUAUUAAUUAUCCCUAACGUUUAAGUUUCAGUUUGUAAUGAAUUAUCCCUAACGUUUUUUUCAUUUAGAUUGUUAUUGAAAAAUUUUUAGGAUGUAUUGAUGAAUUGUCAAAUGCUUAUGGUACUUUUAGGAUGGGUUUCCAGAAAAAGAGUGAGAAAGCAAAAUGCACCAAAGCCUAGCAAAUUCCUUUAAAGUUUACAAAAAAAAAUGAAAAAGAAUGUGAUCCGAUGUUGAUUGAACUCGUGAACUCUCGAAAGAUGAAUCAAAGUGUGCAGCCGCUGUGCCAAGGGUGUUAUACUUGCCAAAAGCUAUAAUAAAACGAAAAUAACUUUUGAAUAUUUAAUUAAAAACAGAAAAAAGUGUAAGUAUACACAACGGGGAUCGAACACGGCUUAUUGUGUGAUAAGGGUACACUAAGAGUAGAAGGGCUUGCCACUAGGCUAUGGUGGAUAUUCGAUAACAGAGUAAAUGUGAACUUAUUUAUUCACAGACGAUAGAUUUAUAUAAUCUGGAUAUCAUUUUAGGUAUUCAGGAUAGCUUUCCAAAAACAAAUUCCUUUAAAGUUUACAAAAAAAAAAUGAAAAAGAAUGUGAUCUGAUGUUGAUUGAACUCGUGAACUCUCGAAAGAUGAAUCAAAGUGUGCAGCCGUUGUACCAAGGGUGUUAUACUUGCCAAAAGCUAUAAUAAAACGAAAAUAACUUUUGAAUAUUUAAUUAAAAACAGAAAAAAAUGUGAGUAUACACAACGGGGAUCGAACACGGCUUAUUGUGUGAUAAGGGUACACUAAGAGUAGAAGGGCUUGCCACUAGGCUACGGUGGAUAUUCGAUAACAGAGUAAAUGUGAACUUAUUUAUUCACAGACGAUAGAUUUAUAUAAUCUGGAUAUCAUUUUAUGUAUUCAGGAUGGCUUUCCAAAAACAAAUAAGCAAAUCAGAUAACCAAGUUACAAGAACACUAGGCCAAACCAUUACAAAAUAGUGAAAAACAUUGAACAAGUUUUUUAUUUAGGUUGUUAAUUGAAGAAACAACACAAGAGAAACAAAAGUACUUAUUCAUUUAAAAUAAAAACUGAAAAUCAAACAUAAUGUGGUCCUUAAAAACAUAAAAAGAGAAGAUGAUAACAUGAAAUUACUCAUGACACAGCCAACUUUCGCCAAGUUUAUCCCAAUCAGGGACUUUGACCUUCACAUCAGCAAGCAUUCCUUCCGCUUCCGAGUGCUCUUCUUUGAGUUUCUCCAACUCAGCAGUUAAAUCAAAUUUUCCAUCAGCUUUGAUAAUAUCUUCAAGCAACUCGAUUUGGACAGCAAUUGAAUUUGCUUUGCUGGAUGCCAGAUUCCAAUCAUUCUCAGAUAGCCUGUAUUCGUUGGACAAACGAAGAAGAGCCCUGUAAUGUACCACAGUUUCCUUCUUCCCCUUAUUGAAACCUUCGGCGGCAUCACAUCCGUAAACCUCCUCUAUGGGACGCUUCAUCAUCUUCUUUGAACUUCCUUCCAUUGAAACUUUGUCCUGCAACAAAAUCGAAACUAAGAUGUUACGAUAAAAUAGAAAUAGAAAAAAGUUCAUGAAUUGAAUGGAAAAUGAGAAAAAUCGAAAACUAACUUGUAUUGCAAAAGGAUAAAUCAGACGAAAUGAAGUGAGUGAAUAAAAGGUCUGAUAUCGUCCCUUAUAUUUAUAGAACUAAAAGGAACUCUUCGAUUAUUGAAGUCAGUUAAAAUAAACUCUUGAUUAUUGUGGAACUCUUCGAUUUUUGAAGUCAGUUACUGAAAUAACCAAUCAUAUAACAGCCAAUCUUGACGAAAAGAAACUCUUCGGUUACUGAGUUACAUGAUGUCGUUU